GUUUCUGGCGGUGCCGCUUAGGAGAAGCUUAAGAUUUGGUUCAUCGACUGUUAGUGUUAGAGUAGUAGGAGCAACAAGUUUCAACAAGAGACUCAUGUCAAAUGCUACUACGCCUUUCUCUAUCAACAACAACACCAAGGGAAAGGAAAUGAUGAAGGUAGCAGCAGCUACUGAUCAGAAUUGUCAUCAGACAGUUGGUUCAAAGGUUGUAAUUGAUUGCUAAGGAUUUUUGGAUGAUCAAAAGGAAAUUGAGGCCAUGACGGUUCAAAAACUUAGAGCCACGCUGAGGAAACUUGGAUUACCUGUGAAAGGACUCAAACAAGAACUUAUCUCAGCUUUACAACUUCAUAUGGACAGCAAUUUACAAGGUGAUGAAAGUUCUGGUGCAGAAAUAAAGGAAACUACUUCAUCCACCCUCUCAGAAAGUGUCACCAUCAAAAGAAAGAUCAGAAACAAGGAAGAGUCUACAGAAGAUGACUGCAAUAGCUCUGAAGCUUAUGGAGAAAAAAGAGUAAAACAGUCUACUGAGAAAAAAUUGAAAGCCAAAGUUUCUUCAAAAGCUAUCUUAAGUGAACACAAGUCAUUAACCAAAGCAGGUAAGCAGAAGUCUCGGUUAAAAGAGGAAGAAGCAUCAUUGACCAUAUCUAGCAAAGUCCUCAAAACCGAUGAAAUCAUCUCAUCCUCAGUUCAAAGUGAACCAUGGACGGUACUUGCACAUAAGAAGCCUGAAAAAGAUAAAGCUUAUAACCCAAAGACAAUGAGACCUCCCCCUCUCCCAGAGGGAACCAAGUCUGUGAAGAUUAUGACUUGGAAUGUUAAUGGAUUGCGAGCACUGUUGAAGCUAGAGAGCUUCUCUGCUCUGCAGCUUGCUCAGAGAGAAAACUUUGAUGUCUUGUGCUUGCAAGAGACAAAGAUCCAGGUGAAGGAUGUUGAGGAAGUUAAAAAAGCUCUUAGUGAUGGCUAUGAUCAUAGUUUCUGGUCUUGUAGCGUCUCAAAGCUUGACUACUCUGGAACUGCUAUUAUUUCAAGGAUAAAACCACUCUCAGUUAGAUAUGGUACUGGUCACUCUGGAUCAGAUCAUGACAUUGAAGGACGCAUUGUGACCACUGAGUUCGACUCUUUCUACUUGAUAAGCACAUAUGUCCCUAACUCUGGAGAUGGCUUAAAAAGACUGUCAUACAGGAUUGAAGAAUGGGAUCGAACCCUCAGCAAGUACAUCAAAGAGCUGGAGAAGACUAAACCUGUAGUCUUGACUGGUGAUCUAAACUGUGCUCAUGAAGAAAUCGACAUCUACAAUCCUGCGGGGAACAAAAGAAGUGCUGGUUUUACAAUAGAGGAAAGACAAUCCUUUAGAGAAAACUUCUUAGACAAGGGCCUUGUAGAUACCUUUAGAAAACAACAUCCCGGUGUUGUAGGUUACACUUAUUGGGGUUAUCGCCAUGGUACUCGCAAAACCAACAAAGGAUGGAGACUGGACUACUUCUUGGUAUCUGAAUCGAUCUCAGCCAAUGUUCAUGAUUCUUAUAUUCUCCCUGAUAUCAAUGGCAGUGAUCAUUGCCCCAUUGGUCUUAUUCUCAAGCUCUGAUCUAUUCAAAGCUUCACUAUUCCAGGCUUUUUUGGUGUCUUGGUUAAGGCUCUAAAUGACUGUUAGCUAGAGAUUUUACAAGUUUUGCUUAUGUGAAAUUUGGAGUUUUCAGAAGUCAAUAUCUUCAUCACGAUGUAGUAUCUUGAAAAUGAAAAGGUUAAUCUUUUGAUA